AUAAUUAUUAAUCUCUGUGUCUGACGAUAUAAAAGCGUCUUUCAAAUGCUCUGGAGUUACUCAACACAUUCACCGGUCACCAUGUCGUUCAGUGGGAAAUAUCAGCUGGAGAGUCAAGAGGGAUUCGUGGAGUUCAUGAAGGCCGUCGGUCUUCCUGAUGAUAUGAUUGAGAAAGGUAAAGAAAUCAAGAGCGUGUCUGAGAUUGAGCAGAACGGAGAUCAGUUCAAAGUGACCGUCACGACCGGACCCAAAGUCUUGACCAACAGCUUCACCCUCGGACAGGAGACUGAGAUCGAAACCCUGACCGGAGAGAAAGUCAAGGCUGUCGUGAAUAAAGAUGGAAACAAGCUGAAGGUCGUCCUGAACAAAAUCACAUCCAUUACAGAGCUGGUGGAUGAAAACACACUGGUCAAUACUCUGACUCUCGGCAGCCUCGUCUACAAGAGGAUCAGCAAACGCCUGGCGUAAAAGCAGUCCACUCUCUCCAUGAUCUGAGAAAAACAACAAUAUGACUGGAUUUGUUUUUUUUUUUAUUAAAGAUUUCUCAAAAUCUGA